AUGUUUCCACAAUACAAUCCAAUUUUUACAAACCACAACCGUGAAUCUCCAUCAAGUCCCACCAGUGAUUCUCGAAAAUCGACUCCCGUGACUGGAGGAAAGUACGUCCCACGAGCGGUUCUGAUCAACCUUGAGCCGGGAACUAUGGAUUCGGUCCUAGCGGGACCAUUUGGACAGCUGUUCCGACCGAAUAACUUCGUUUUCGGACAAUCCGGUGCUGGUAACAACUGGGUCAAACGACACUACACCAAAAGUGCUGAACUGGUGGAUUCUAUGCUGGAUGUUGUCCGUAAGGAAUCUGAGGGUUGCGAUUGUCGACAGGGCUUUCAGCUUACGCACUCGCUCAGCUGUGGAACUGGCCCAGGCGUGGGCACACUACAGAUCUCGAAGAAUCGAAAAGAAUACCCGGAUCGCAUCAUGAAUCCUGUCUCCGUCGUUCCAUCGCACAAAGUCUCUCCCACCGUCGUAGAGCCCUACAUCGCUACGCUAAAGGGCGAACACGAAAUUAUUGAAAACCAGCAAGCUAGUUAUUGUUUAUCAGCUAGUGGAAAACACGACAUUUGCUUCCGAACAUUGAAGCUCACCACCCCUACCUAUUGCGAUUUUAAUCAUCUAGUCUCGGUUACGAUGUCUGGCAAUCAACCCCUUCAUCCACAUCCUCCAGAGAUCCCGGAACAGAUUCGAGUGGUAGAAAUAUUCCGUUUCUUUCAACCGAUUGAUUUCCUCUACCGUCGGCGGUUGGUGUUCUACGUCUGA